AUGGAUAAGAAGAUCAAGAUCGAGAAGCAGGAGGAUGAAUUUGGAGAAUAUGAAUUUGCAACUAGCAACGCCAAAGAUGAGUCAUCCUCACACAAUGGUUCAACUUCCAAUCAGAUGGCGAGAGUUAAGCAGGAAAAUGAUAGCAGCCAAGAACCAGCACCAGAGUGCAGCACUGCAUGCUCUCCAACUGAUGGUGAUUUCAGCCAACAACAUUAUCUAAUCCCUGGCUAUAAUCUAAUAUUCAUCAAAGAGGAAGAAAAUGUUGAGCAAGAGGCAGAAGGAUGUUCAGUGGAGAGUGAACCGGAGAUGUGGCCUUCAAACUGCAGCACAUCUGAAACUGCCAAUGCAACAGAAGUGAGUGAAAUGAAUGAACAUUCAAUCUCUCCCAUGGAAGAGAUCACUGAGCCAUCUGUGGCUGGCAAAAAGAUCAAACUCCACAGCUGUUCUGACUGCAGCUAUAAAACCACACGGCUUAGUAAUUUGAAGACUCACAUGAGAAAACACACUGGGGAAACACCUUUCAGCUGCGAGUUCGAGUGUGAGGUCCAAGAACCCCACAACAAGGCCUAUUCCGAAGUGGUCCGUGAUGCUUGUUUUAAAAAUAACGCCUAG